CAACAAAAGUCACUUUUUUCCAUAACGACAGAUCACACGGUUUUCAGGAUCGCAGCUAUCACGCCACGGCAGUCCGCCGCGAGACGGUCACGUAAGAGCUUGUAUUGUCGCGCAUAAUCGGACGAGGACCAGCAUGUCUGACAGGAGGCUGCAGGCGUCGCGCGAUGAUCGACGCCGAGACCGUGAUGGCGAUGCGCGCGGCGCUGAUGCGCGAGGAGAUCGCCGAGACCGUCGACGCUCACGAUCUCCAGCCGGAGGCAUCGUUGCUGGCCCUCAAAGCAGCAAUGGUGGCGGGCGCCGCUACGAGCGACGAGAAGAUGUAGACAGCUACUCAUCAAGUCGUGGAUACCGUGAGCGAGAGAGGGAGGAUCGUUACGGAGGUCGCGAAAGGAACGGCGGUGGCGAGCGAGAUUGGGGUCGUGACCGUGGCGCGGAUCGAGGCGCUGACCGGGGCGGAGAUCGCAGAGACCAGCGUCGCGGCGACGAUGAUCGUCGCCGGGAACCCCGCCGCGACCGUGACGACCUUUUCUCCGACAGGAGACGUCCAGGCCGCGAUGACCGAGGAGAUCGGGGAGACCGUCGUGAUGACCGCGAGCGGGACACUCGCCGUGACCGGGACGAUGAACGAGAGCUCGAGCGUCAGACUCGUAAAAGCCCAGAACCGGCUGCACGCAAGCCCAGGGAGCCAACUCCGGAUCUGACAGAUGUUGUGCCAAUUCUGGAACGUAAGCGUCGCCUGACCCAAUGGGACAUCAAGCCUGCGGGGUACGAAAACAUUACUGCAGAGCAGGCGAAAAUGUCUGGCAUGUACCCACUUCCGGGAGCACCCCAGGCACAACGACAGCCGAUGGAUCCCCAAAGACUUCAGGCAUUCAUGAACCAGCCAGGUAACCAAGCAAGCAAUACAGCUCUGAAGCCGAAUACUGCGCGACAAUCGAAGCGACUGAUGGUCUACAACAUCUCCGAGACAUUGACUGACAGCGGAACCGUGGACUUCUUCAACCUUCAACUCAAUGGUCUGAAUGUGACACGCAACAACGAUCCUUGUGUCUCUGCUCAUAUCAGCAAGGAUCGAUCGUUUGCAUUGCUCGAGUUCAAAUCUCCCGAAGAUGCAACUACCGCGAUGACACUACUCGACGGGGUAAACGUGGACGCUAGCACAGCCACCUCAAAUGGUCAUUCCAACGGGACAUCCGCAGGGCUUCGCAUCGAGCGACCGAAAGAUUACAUUGUGCCAACUGUUGCGGCCGACGCAGAGAGCGACAAUGGCACCAUUUCCAACGUUGUGCCUGACACGCAGAACAAGCUGGUACUGGCCAAUCUGCCAGUCAAUCUUGACGAGGCACAAAUUCUUGAAUUAUUGCAGAGCUUUGGCCCGAUGAAGAGUUUCGUCCUCGUCUCAUAUGGUGGCGAGGAUGUCAGCAGGGGUGUCGUUUUCCUGGAGUACAAAGACCCUAAUCACACCGACGUAGCGAUCGAAGGGCUGAGCGGGAUGGAUCUGGGCUCGAUGCCGCUGAAGAUUUCUCGUGCAUGCAUCGGAACCCAACAGGUUGGGGGUGAGAUGAGCGUCAACAACAUGAGCUUGAUGGCCGGGACCAAGUCGAGCGAAUUCGGCAAUGGCCGUGUGCUGUGCCUGAUGAACAUGGUCACUCCUGCGGAGCUCAUGGAUGCAGAGGAAGCUGAUGAAAUCCUCGAAGACAUUACUGAAGAAUGUGCCAAGUUUGGCACCCUUCUCGAGACGAAGAUGCCGCGACCUGUGGGUGGCGCUCGCCACGGUAGCGGUGUUGGUAAGAUCUAUCUCAAAUACGAAUCUCCCGAAAGCGCCGCCAAGGCGCUCGCAGCGCUUGCUGGUCGCAAUUUCUCUGGACGCACGGUGGUCGUAACCCAUUACCUCGAAGAGAACUUUGACCUGAACGCGUGGUAAGAUCAGAGAUGGAUGCCAGGGCUGAGUGACUUGUUCUCAAAUUCAUGGUUGUACAAUACACUACUUCGUUCGAAGUAAAAGGGGCAAAGAAAUUCGUUUGUAAUCAGUAAGCAGAUUUGAGGUGCUCAAAACGGGAAUUGGUCAUC